UGCCAAAUACUGCAGAAAGGUCCAAGCAAUACUGAUGGAUGAAUGAACGGAUGCUUUUCCCAAUCCGUAUUUUCGUGACGUCAGCAGCGAGAAGGUUGGGUCAAUGUAUUUCCGACUACAGCAGAAUAAAAAGUAUGCGUGUAUAGCAAGACACCGUCAACUAUACAGCAGUGACUGAAGCGACGCGGACUAAAGAAAGUGAAGCAGCUCCUCCUAAAUAUUAUGCUGGGGAACAGAAGGAAAGCAGCCCCCGUGCGUAAGAACGCCACCGGGACGUCCGAUUCCAAGGCCAUCGAUCCCAUAAGGAGUCUCGGAUUGCAGGAUGAUGAAGAUGUCAAGUGGAUGUUGAAGGGUUCCAAUAUGGUAAAGGUCAGAUCAGCUCAUUGGCAAAAGCCACGUACUCUGAAGCUGCUGGAAGAUGGCGUCACAAUUUGGUGCCAGUCCCACAAAACUUUCAGUCGAGCCAAGGAGCAGCAAUCGUUCUCUGUCACAGAGGUGGAGUGCGUAUGUGAGGGCUGUCAUUCGGAGACAUUGAGGCAGAUGGUUGGUACAGUUCCUGAAGGACGGUGUUUGACGGUGGUCUUCAAAGGUCCCCGAAAGAAUCUGGAUCUUCUCUGCCAAAACCACGAGGAGGCUUUUCAUUGGACCCGUGGCAUCCGGACACUGCAAGAGAGGAUUAGCAACAUGACCCACAAGGAGAAACUUGAUCACUGGAUUCAUGCUUACCUGAGUCGGGCUGAUAAGAAUCGUGAUGAUAAAAUGAGUUAUGAGGAAGUGCAGACAUUGCUACAAAUGAUCAAUAUUGACUUGAGUGACCAAUAUGCUCGCGAACUUUUCCAGAAAUGUGAUCACUCAGCCGAUGGCCGAUUGGACCAUGGGGAAAUCGAAGUUUUCUGCAGAGAGUUGUUGCGGAGACCUGAGCUAGAUGCUGUCUUUAUGCUAUAUUCCACCAACGGAUGUGUCCUCUCAACUGCAGACCUGAGGGAUUUCCUGAAUGAUCAGGGGGAGGAUUCUUCAUUCACACAUGCCCAAAGCCUGAUACUCACUUAUGAACUUAAUGAAUGGGCUCAGAGGAACCAUUUGAUGACACUCAAUGGUUUCACCAUGUAUAUGCUGUCCAAGGAGAAUUCUGUGUUCGACCCAGACCAUGUUUGGGUUUAUCAAAACAUGAAACAACCUCUAGCACACUACUUCAUCUCCUCUUCCCACAACACGUACUUGACUAAGGACCAGCUGACCGGGGAGAGUGGCGUCGAGCCAUAUAUCCGAGUCCUGAAUCAUGGUUGUCGCUGUGUGGAGUUGGACUGUUGGGAUGGAGAUAAAGGACAGCCAGUCAUCUACCAUGGCUACACGCUCACCUCCAAAGUGCCUUUUGUCGACGUCAUAGAGACAAUCAACAAGUAUGCAUUUAAGGCAUCACCUUACCCUCUGAUCCUUUCCUUGGAGAACCACUGCUCUGUGGCGCAGCAGGCGGUGAUGGCUCGACACCUGCAGUCCAUCCUUGGGGACAAACUGCUCACCAAGGCCAUUCGUGGCCUCGAAUCCAACAUCCUGCCUUCACCGGAGGAUCUUAAGGGUAAAAUCUUGAUUAAGGGGAAGAAAGAGAAUACAGCGGAGGAGUGCACAUCAAGUUUGUCAGACCUCAGCUCGUCAGAUGAGGAGCCAGCUGUGUCUAAGAUGAGUCCAGAGCUGUCAGCAUUGGUCGUGUACACUCGCAGUGUACACUUUAAAAGCUUUCAACAUGCUGCCAAAGCCCCGGAAAGCCACAUGUCUUCAUUUUCUGAAAGUGAAGCCCUAAGACAUGUCAAAGACUCAGGGAUGUAUUUUGUGCGUCACAAUAGCCACCAUCUUAGCAGGAUCUACCCCUCAGGACAGCGGCUACAGUCUUCCAACUAUAACCCUCAGGAAAUGUGGAAUGGAGGCUGCCAACUUGUGGCUCUAAAUUUCCAAACUCCUGGGGAAGAGAUGGAUCUAAAUCGAGGCAAGUUCUUACAGAAUGGUCAGUGUGGCUACAUUCUGAAGCCCCCUUUCAUGUGCCAGCCGUACAGCACCUUUAAUCCCGAGAAUGUUGGUGGAGGUCCUGGCCAUGCACCUGUUCUGCUUACUGUUCGGGUUAUUUCAGCACAGCAGCUACCUAAGCAAGAGAGGAACAAGCCUUCAGAUAUUGUGGAUCCACAGGUUUGGGUUGAGAUACAUGGUGUUCCAAUAGAUAACAACAAGAAGAAAACCCACCACAUCCAAAAUAAUGGUUUUAAUCCACAGUGGGACUGCACCUUUAAUUUUACCAUCCAUUCUCCUGGCCUGGCUCUCGUUCGCUUUGUGGUUGAAGAUCAUGACUAUACUUCAAGUAAUGACUUCCUUGGACAGUACACCCUACCUUUCACAAGUCUCCGCACAGGUUAUCGCCAUGUCCGUCUGCUCAAGCAGGAUGGUUCCAGCCUUUCACCCUCCUCACUCUUCAUCCACGUCAAGAUUGUUGACUGUCAGAAUAGCCCUUCCAAGUCAUCUAAAGGACUGGCCAGUGCAUCUCAAGCCGACAAGAUCUAAUGCCAUUCUGUAAUGAUUAUGUGUUACCUUUAUUUAUUUUUAAGCAGUAUGCAGCUCUCUCGCUCUCUCUCUCUCUCUCUCUCUCUCUCUCUGUCUGUACAUAUAUAUAUAUAUAUAUAUAUAUAUAUAUACACACACACACACACAUACAUACAUACAUAUAUACAUUAGUGGUGGGACUCAAAAAAAUAAUCUAAUUAAUUGGAGGCUUUUUAAUUAAUUAAUCCUCAUUUUAAUCAUAUCACAAUAUUUGUCCCAAAGAGCAUUUUUUCAAUGGAUUUUAGUGUACGACUGAAUCAAAUAAUAGACACAGAUGUGAAUACUGUUGACUCUGGAAAAAUGCAUUUAAUUGUAUUUCAAUACAAAACAAAUUUAAAAAACAUAUAAUAUUCCCUGGUCAAAAUUCAGUAGACCUAAACGUAAAAUUUAAUUUCCGGAUACUUUUUUUAAUUUAAUGUGCAAACCCAUUGGCCUCACAAUACCUCCAUGACCACUACUUCUCCCUCUCUUUCAGCCAGUUGCUAAGACACUAGCCUGUCACAUUACCAGAGCUCAAGGCAGCUCUCUUUUUUGUAACUAUGUGACCUGCAAGUGGGAACAGCUUCUCACGUGGAACAGAAGUGCCAGGGCUAAUCAGAUACUUGUGGGCCAGGACAGACAGAUGUGAACGAGUCCCUGUUCGACUGUACCACCACUGGAGUGGGCAGACUGUUUUGCUGAUGGUACUGCUCUGUACAAAUUCAGGGCACUGCUACACAGGGCUUCCUCAUCUGAAAAAAUUUAAGAGAGAAAAAAGCUCUUUUUCCUUGCUGGCUACUGUGUGGUGGUAUGCUUACACUGUUCCAAAGCUGGUCCAAACCUCUGCUUGCUUUCCCCUUGCAAGACAUUUUAAAUAUUUAAAGAGUAGGUCAAGCACAGCGGCCAUCUUGAGCCAUUCGUGGUUCAGUGUAGCUACACGUUGGGAUAAGUCCUUUGUGAAUGCUGUCUUGAAUUUCACAGUGUAGGUUGAGUCAUCCUCGGAGACCUCCAUGGUGCGGUACGGGUGGCGGAGAGCAGGUAAAACCACUGAAUAUGAGACAUAUCUCACAUCUCCAAGGGGUUCAGUCACAAAUCUGCUGUAGACUUCAUGAAAUUAAUUAUUAAUCUACAAAAUAACUUUUUAAAACAAAACAAUACAUCCCAUUAAAAAUAGUUUCAUUUACCUGCAUGGCUCAAGGCCAGUUGCUAGCUUUUGGAGUUUUAGCAGCUCUGAUGGAGUUAAUGUAACUAGCUUGUGCUUCAGUUUGACUGAAGCAGCAAAAACAGCCUCUUGAUUCUUCAGUCGACGAGAGAUCCUUUCCAGCGUUGAAUUACACCUUGUGGCUACAUCCUUUGCAUUUAGAUGGUACCGGAGGGUUGAAAUGUUUCGGCGGUACCCAAACUCCUUUUUGCAUAAUCUGCAAAAAACAACCCUUUUUAUCACAGCUUCCAUCGGGUGUUUAUUUUUAUUUUUAAUUAAAUUUCUCUUCCAACAGUCCUUCGUCCGAUUUCUCCAUUGUGUUAGCAGUUAGCAGAGGUGGGUAGUAAUGCGCUACAUUUACUCUGUUACAUUUACUCAAGUAACAUUUUCCAUAAACUGUACUUGUCAGAGUACUUUAAAUGCACCAUACUUUUUACUUUUACUUGCGUAUUUAUGUGAAGAAGGAUCAAUACUUUUACUCCAUUACAAUGAUCGACAUGCCGUUCGCUACUUUUAUUUCGUCAUUCUUGCGUGUCCGCAUCUAUUCUUAGACUCCAUCUUCGACUUCCGCAUAGGGCGCCCGUUGCACCAAUCAAACGGGAUCACUAAUGUCAUUUGACUCCAAUUCACCAAUCAGACGACACAAGGCAGUCACAUCACCGCACACGUAGCCUUCGUGAGCCAAUCAAAAUGACAAAUUUUUCACCAAUCAGACGACACAAGGCAGUCACAUGACCACGACUGUGUUUAUUUUACAGACUCCAAAAAACUUUAUCAUGCAGCUCUUAAAAUUUGACUGCCCAAACUUGGAAAUUUCAGCCCACUUCUAACAUGAGUAAACACCUUGCGGGAAGUUGCAGAUGUUUCUAUUGUUGUUUUGGCAGGGGAUAUGCAAAAUUAGCACUAUCCCUAUGGUGUCGCAUACACAAUCGAUAAGUCUGUACAGCAAACAGCUUCUUCAUGAAGUAAUUUAAGCGAAUAAAGCAAAUAAUGUUUCUGUAGGGCCCAAUGUGUCUGGUGUUGGUUUUUGGCCAGUUAAAAAUUGAAAUGGUGGCAGCUGUGUGUCGACUCCCACAUAUUAUUAUUUUAUUUUAUUUUAUUUGAUGUUCAUGCUCUGAUUAAAAAAAAAAAAAAAACAGAAGUUACUCACAA